CACAUUAUCGCAAUUAUGCUUCUAGAAAAGCUCAAGAUCAUGUUAAAAGAGAAAAUGUCAGAUUUAUGUGUGCAUAAAACAGUUCGUGGUAACCAUCAGUAGGCAAAAUAAGAACAUGAAUAAGGCCAGGAAGAAAAGAGAAGGGGGUUUGAGGAAGGAGAGGGGGGGGAUAGGGGAAGAAGAGAAGGAGGAGGACAUAUAUGUUGUAUCAAGGAUUCCUGAUAUAAGUUCGAGGUUUACAAAACAGCAGAUAUGAUUAAAUGAUGUACAUGUCUACUGAUCAUUGGAAAGGUAGAAAUACGCACCAUGAUAGUGGAUCAGAAAGUACACCAUUACUUUCUUCAGAUUCUCAUGGUAGUCAUGGAUCGAUUAUAUUCCAAAAUUCUGAAACAAGUGAUUUAGAAUAUAAAUAUGGGACUAUAAAAGGCGGUAACUUAAAUUCAACAGCUGCUGUACUUCCAAGAAGAUUACCUCCUCUUUUACAAGAUAAUACAUCUAUGCUAACAAAUAUAUGUCAAUCUUUGACUUGUAUUGAAGAAAGACAUUACGGAGUACACAACUAUGAUUUGACAAGGAAUAAGAAGCAUGAAGAAAAUAAGGAAGAACCAUUGACAAAGGGAUAUAAUAAAGAAUAUUUAUCAAAGGAUUCGACAUUAAGACAAGAAGAUACAGAGAUUUUAAACAAAGAUAUUAAACCGAAACAAAGUUCUCUAGUCACGAUUUUCUCGAUAUGGAAUACAAUAUUAGGUUCGUCUUUGCUUACUAUGCCAUGGGGUAUUCAAAUGGCAGGUUUUUUUCCUGGAAUUAUCCUUGUAUUAGCAAUGGGCGGUUUGUGUCUUUACACUGCUCAUCGUUUAAUAGUUGUACACAAAUAUCACGGUUCACAAGAAAAAAUUGAAGUUGUACAAUUAAGUAGAAUAUUUCUCAAUAAAUGGACAGAAUACAUAGCCAGAAUCUUUAGUAUUUCAGUUUUGUUAGGCGCAACGAUAGCUUAUUGGAUAUUGAUGUCUAAUUUUUUAUAUAAUUCAAUUAACUUUUUUUAUGAUAAUGUCAUGGGACUGCCUACAUAUUCUAUAAGUGAUAACAACACAAAUAAUGUCGAAGUUUUGUGUACAAGAAAAGAAAUAUAUAAUGGCAGUGAUAUAAUAACGAUUCAAGAACGCACAUUUGACGCUUUAGGUCCAUCAUGGGAUUUACAUAAAACAGUACCUGCAUUUUUAGCUAUAAUAAUAUUUCCAUUACUCAACUUCAAUAGUACUACAUUUUUCACUAAAUUCAAUUCUCUUGGAACUAUAUCGAUAGUAUAUAUAAUUAUAUUUGUUUUAAUAAAAUCUGCAUCAUGGGGUUUACAUAUGGAUAGAUCAAUGUGGGAAGUUAGUUGGAUAUUGAAGCCUACAUUUCCAGCAUUGUCUGGCAUGCUAGCACUAUCAUUUUUCAUUCAUAACAUUAUAAUCACUAUAAUGCAGAGUAAUCGUGAUCAGUCUAAAAAUGGAAGAGACUUGACAAUAGCAUAUGGUCUUGUUACAGCAACCUACAUUGUAGUAGGUGUAACAUUUUUCAUAUGCUUUCCUCUUGCUAAAUCAUGCAUUGAAGAUAACUUAUUAAAUAAUUUUCAAAAAUGGGAUCCUUUAACAGUAAUUGCUCGUAUAGUAUUAUUAUUUCAAUUAUUAACAGUUUAUCCAUUACUCACAUACAUGCUAAGAAUUCAAUUAAUUUCAUCAAUAUUUGAGAAAUCUACCAUCUAUACUACACUGAUAAUCAAUUCUAUUUUGGUUUUGAUUUCUAUAUUAUUUGCAACAUUUUUACCGUAUAUUGGAACUGUCAUAAGAUAUACAGGUGCUUUAAGUGGUUUAAUUUAUGUAUUUACUUUACCGAGUUUACUUCAUUUAUCUGUUUUGCGAAAGCAAGGAAAAUUAACUACGAUUACAACAAUCGUACAUUUAAUAAUACCAAUUAUUGGUAUAUUAAAUCUUAUAGCUCAAUUUUUUAUAAUCGAUCAUUGACAUAUAUAUUUAACCCUUUUCGGACGCGUGUCCACUCUCAGCCACCACAGUGAAGAGAAACCGUGCUAAUCUUAUAUGUACGUAGGUUGAAACUUAAAUAAUGGCAACUAAUUUAUUCACAACCGAUACAAAAGAGUUACAUGUUAGCAGAGCAGCAGAGUUAGCAGAGUUGAUGGUGCGAAUGGAGGAGCGAUCUACUGCCAUGUCUCAUCCAGUGCGCUCAUCAGAUGCGCUCCAAGUGCAUCGCUCCAUUCGCACCAUCAACAGAGUGCUAACAGUAUAGGACAAACAGUACAACAGUAACAAACAAGUAACAGGUGCAAACAGGCACUAACUCUUUUGUAUCGGUUGUGAAUAAAUAGUUGCCACUAUUUAAGUUCCAACCUACGUAUAUAUACAUAAAUUAAUUCCAACCAUUACGACACCCAUGUCCAAAUGAAAUACGUCCGAAAAGGGUUAAUUUAAUGAAAUGAAAUCUAUGAAAUUGUAAUAAAGAUAUUUUCAUAUCUUAUACUUUGAUUAUUAUUAUAACUAUUAUAUUUUAUUACUGUGAUUUAGCAAUAAAUAGGGAGAAUUACUCCAAUAUACAAGUUUA